AUGGGAGUCCAUCUUCGAAAGCACAUACGCGAAAGAUUCCAGACAGGAUCACUAACUUCAACUGUUCUCAUUCUCCGGUUUGUUCUUCUGUUUAUAGGUGUCCUGAACAGCUUGUUUUCUGUCGACGAUAUCUACGACGAUCUGAUAUCUCGAAGAGUUUACUCUAGUGAUGCUGAGAAGUUUGCUGAAAUUUGUCCUUGCCCCUGUAAUGGUGUUGGAUGGGGGGUUAUUUGGGGUUUAAUAUCAUACUUAUUCCUCUGUGGAUCCAUUUAUCUUGCUCUAGUCAUUCUAUCUUGA